CGUCUCGAGCCACACCACCAGACAUCGCGUCAACCAGCUCGCCCCAGCCGCCGCCCACCCAACGUUCACGUGACCGGGUCCAUUACCCACCACCCAGACUAGGCCACGGGCCCCACGCGGCAGUGUCAUCGCUACUUCCCCACCACCACCGACGUUACGUCUCCUCCCGCGGCCGCGCGCGAGGCCGACACCCACGGAUGAUCAGCCGCCUCCCCGCUAUAAACCGCCCGUGCAGCCCACGUCUUCCGCGUCUACCCAGCUUGCAACCUAGAAAUCUCCGGCGCAUCCCCAACCCUCUCGAGAAGCGAUCGAUCGCCCGCUGUGCGCGCCAUGUCGUCGCUCGCCGUCGGCAGCGGGCCGGAGAGUGAGCUGUACUGGCUCGGGGGCCUCUUCACGGCCGCGGAGCUGGCCGCCGCCGACCUGCUGCUAAAGCUACGCGGUGACGAGGAGGAGGAGGAGGCGGCGGCGUCCACCGACACGUCAUCAUACUCGCGGCGGUUCCCGAGCUCCCGCCGCGAGGACCUCGCCGUGGUCGACGAGGAGUCGAAGGAGGACCGCGCCUUCGAGGACGCCGCGACGGCGUCUGUGGCCACGCCGUUCUCCUCGAGGCGGUCUGCGAGCUCGUGUUGCCAGGUCUCCGUGGAGGCCGAGGAGGAGCCUCGGCCGAUCAUAAAGGAGACGGCGCCGUCGCUGGGGUCGAUGGAGCUGGACAGGAGGGCGAGGAAGAGGUACCGCCUGCUGGCUGAGCUGUACGCCGCCACGGCCCCGGUGACAUCAUCCUCCGCCUCCGCGAAGAAGAAGAUACGGAAGGUACACGGCCACGACGGCGCCGGCACCGUCGAGUCGUCGGUGGACCAGGCGACGAGGAACGGCGAGGACUAGUAGCACAGAAGGGCUUCUAUGUAAUUACACCGUGAUCUUAGCGUUGUUUCGCCUACUCAGCUAUACUUA